AUGCGGAAUUGCGGUAGCUGUGGUGUGUCUGAUCAUGUGUGUUUCGACGCUCCGAAUCAGUCUUCCAAUCCUAACUCUGGAAUUGAUUUACUGUUUGGCAUGGCUAUCGUUGCCAUGAUUGCCAUGAUUGGCGAUGCUGU